AUGUCUUUCCUUAGACUCGUUCUCAUACGGUCUCCUAUAUUGCCAGCCCGUAUUCUUCCCAUCCCGCAACCAUGCACGCUCCGACCACAGCUCCUUCAAAAAUCUUUGCCGCAGCAUAGUCUUAGACGGUCCUUUGCCUCGGCACCCGGCGGCACCAAGGGCCCGGGAGCGGCUGUGUCAAAGUCCGCCGCGUCAGGGCCGGCCGCAGGCUCCGGAACCUCGCCUGCCCGGAGCACCCAACAGCUGUUGCCUGAGAAGCUGCUCAUCUACCACGCCGGCAGAGGCAAGAUAGGGUUCGUAGCCGGGCUCAAAAUCACCACCAUCUUCGUGGCCGCCGUCUUCGUCCUUGUGAUGGAACCCGCCAUGUAUCGCAACGAGAUGUCUGCGGCCCAGAUUGCCAUGGCAUCCGGAUGUGCCGUGACCCCCCUCCUCUACGUGGCUUACUUCUCUGCACCCUUCGUAACCCACGUCUUCCUCCGCCUACCUCCCUACGCGCGGCAAUCCCGGGCCCUUCUGGAACGUUACGUCCGCGCCCUCCCGCCGGCGGCACAACUUGAGGUCGGCACACUAGGCUUGGCUGCCCGUCCGCGGGCGACACUCGUCUCGGCCGGUGAUCUCCGCCCCCUGCCCAAGGACGCCGGGUUCCUCAAGUCGCGCGGCAACCUCGUCACGCACACUCGCGACGUCUCGGAUCUCAUGGCCCGGAAGAAGUGGUACCACUACCGCCCCGUCAGCCAGUUCAUGCUCCAAACUGGGGCUGGCUCCCACGGCAAGAGCGGUUUCAAGAACACCGCCAAGGACAGCUGGGUUUACGACAUCAUUCAUCCACUGCUGGGUAAGCGUAAGCAAUAA